AUGGUAUCUGCUAAGAGAAAGGGCCUAGAAGGCGAAGAUGACAGCGCCAGUAAUCAGCAGAGAAAGGCUCCUGUCAGAAAGCGCGGUGUGAAGAGGCCAAAGACUCAGUCAUCUGCCCCCGCCCAAACUACCUCAGCUGCUGCAGAUGGCUCUGUGUUGCCCCAAACCCACGAAUCUGUAGCGUCCAGUGAUCAAGAGUUGCAGACCCCAGAAACGCCCACCCCACAGCCUUCCAAAUUUUGGACCAACGAGCUUAGGAUCGCCUUGCUUGUCGCCGUUCUGAAGGAACUCGAUCAGACGAUCUCGGAGAAGACCUGGCACCAGGUUGCCGAAACCCUCAGACCAAUGAAGCCUAACAUUUCUUGGAAUGGCGCUCGCUUGGAGGUCGGCCGUCUCAAAAGAGAACAUUUCCUCAAUACUACGCCCGCACCGAGCGGCCGACACGAUCAGCCCGCUCAAACCUCGAAGGACGAAGACUAA